AUGUUCGCCUCUGCGGUUUCUGCUUAUCCUGCAACUUUGGUGGCAAGUUUCAAAUCCAUGGAUGCUUUCAUUGACGAAGGCGUGCGAAACACCAUUGCCAUUGAGCAUGGGACGGACUGCAUGGCUGCUUAUGCGGAUAUUGGGCAUCCGAAGACCUGGAUGCUGAUUCGUAUCCAUGGAGGAUUCCUUUCUCCAAAAUCGGUCCACUCUGGUAAUAAGGUCGAGUCAAAACCUAUAUUCCUACCAAAUACUGCAGCUUGGCUUGAAAGUCGACAUAACAAAGGCCCAAUUGUUAAACAAUCGCCAUUCCAAAUGGAGAUCUACACCUCGCUAUGCCGCAUGGCACAGCAGAAGGAACCCAAGCUUGAGAGAAUUUUCCCGGUUGCCAGUGUUUGCCGUUGGUUGAUGUAUUUCGGUUUGAACCACACAAUCCGUGGACAUCUCAGAUGGGCCAGCGGCUCAGACCCAGUUCCUUAA